CUGCCACGACAAGGGGUGACAGGGGGCAACCCGCAACAGCAACAACGACGACCACCACACACACCACACGCCCGUCGCCCACACGCCCACUCGCACACUCCACGCCCACUCACGCCUGACCGACAUCAACAUUGCACCGACCUUUCCCUUUCCUGUCCACUCCCGUCCUGUCCCAGCCAUGCCCAGCUAUGCAUCUCUCUUCCGCCGACAUCUCGACACCGACGACGACAACGACGACUACGACUUCGACAAACAACGACCACGGCCACCGAUAACCGACCACCACCGAUCGACGACACAGGUAAGUCUUCGACGCCCAGUAUCAACAUCGACAACCACCCACGCGACAUUCCGGGCCUUUCCAUUCUUCCAUUUCGACAUCCUCCUUUUCCGAGUCGGGCUCUUCGUCUUUCCCACGCUUUGAUACGACACUCCCAACCACCCACAACAACACUUGGAAGUCGGUACGUGCGAUGUUUUCUACCAUCGAUCGCGUCAAAUCUGGCGAGCGAUAGAAGGCUGACGACAACGACACAAUAG